AUGGAGAAAGAAUCACUCUCGAACCAUGUGGAGACUGUGCAUGAUGCUGAGAGCCAAGGCGAGGAGAUCCAUGUCUCUCAGUCCAAAGUGAAUAUCAGUGGAACCGUACAGCUCACUGCAGGCUCGAUCGUCUAUAUCCCAACUCCUACUAGUGAUCCUCGAGAUCCAUUGAACAUGAGCAAGUGGCAAAAGGCCAUGAUUCUGAUUACAAUCUCUAUAUUCUCGACUAUUGGAUUGUCACUCGUUUCUGGAUUUGGCGGCCUGUUAGGCUUCUAUAUUCCUGGAUAUUCGGCUGCGGGUGCAACCUAUGCCGAUAUUACCUCUCUUAUGACAUACCCGACCUUAUUCAUGGGUAUCGGUAACCUGAUCGGCAUGCCAUUGGCGAUUGCAGUUGGCCGACGCCUUGUCCUACUCGUUGCAACAGCUGUCAUGGUCGUCGGAGCCAUCUUAUGUGUCUUUGCAACGAACUUCGAGUGGCACCUUGGGGCGCGUAUGAUUAUCGGUCUUGCCGCAGGUCAGAGCGAGGCUCUUGUGCCUAUGAUCACCCAGGAAAUCUUCUUCCUCCACGAAAGAAGCACCUUCCUCAUGCUCCAACAGUCCAUCCAAACGAUCGCCACUGCUGUCUUCGUUCUCUUUGCCAGUCCCAUCGCAGAAGCUAUCACUCCGGAGUGGUGGUAUGGCCUGGGCGCAUGUCUCUCUGGAGCAUCCCUGAUUCUAGCAUUCUUCUUCGUCCCAGAGACCAAGUACCACCGCUCUCGAUCCUCGUAUCAAGAAACCUCACCCACCGAAGGCUUGGAUGCAUCAUCAGAGAAGGAAGUCCACACGGUCGCUACAGAGCGACCGGCCCUUGACUAUGUCAACUACGAAGCUCGUACUUGGCGCUCCGAUCUGCGUCUUUGGGUCGGCUCGCCCGAAUGGCGUAAGGGGAUGGAUACAUUCAUCCAAUCCUUCCAACUCCUCCUCUUCCCCAACGUCCUCUGGGCAAUGGCCCUCAACGGCCUCACACUCGGCGUCAACAUCGCAAUCGGGACUACCUACGGCACAAUCAUGACCUCGAAAUACAACUGGGCCCAAAAGUCAGUCAGUUACGUGAACUGCGGCCAAAUCGUAACAUCCCUCGUCGCCCUCCCCGUAUUUGGCCUCGGCUCCGAUAAAUUAAUCACCUGGUUCGCCGGACGCCGAAACGGCAUCCACGAGCCGGAAAUCCGUAUGCUACCACUCAUCUUCCCCAUUAUCGUCGGUACUUUCACCGCGGUCCUAUACGGGUACGGUGCGACGUAUCCAUCGUCUUAUCACUGGUUUGUCGACGUUUGGGCCGUGGCGGCUUAUUAUUUCGCGUUCGUGGGCGCGAAUAUUGUGGCGAUCACGUACUUGCUUGACAGUUAUCCUCAGAGGGCGAGUUCGUUGUUGAUUAUUAUUUGUGCGUUUAGGGGAAUUAUUUCUUUUGGUGUUAGUUAUGGAAUUUCGCCGUUUAUUGAGCGGAAUGGGUACGAUGGUGCAUUUACCACGUUUGGUGGAUUGACGGCGGCGUUUGGGUUGUUGGGGGUUCCGAUAUUUGUUUGGGGGAAGAAGAUUCGCGCCGUUACUGGGAGGUACGCGGUUGAUAAAGAGUGA